AUGAGUGACUUCGGAACACAUAGAUUUCAUAGUCGUGUAACAAGGACAAAAAUAGAGAUACUGUCGGCGUCGAAGCCUCCAGGUGCGGAUUCCGUGAACGAAGCCCUUCACACAGCGGUUAGAGUUUGCUCGUGCCGGAAUUUCCCAUCCCGGGCUCGUCGCGUUGCUAUUUCCUCCCUUCGCCUCCACUUCCCCCUCCCUUCGCCUCCACUUCCCCCUCUCGUCGCCUCCACUUCCCCCUCCCGUCGCCUCCACUUCCCCCUCCCGCCGCCUCCACUUCCCCCUCCCUUCGCCUCCACAUCCCCCUCCUGUCGCCUCCACUUCCCCCUCCCGUCGCCUCCACUUCCCCCUCCCCUCGCCUUCACUUCCCCCUCCCCUCGCCUUCAUUUCCCCCGCCCGUCCACUUCACUUCCCUCUCCCAUCGCCCGCGCUCCCCCCUCCCAUCCCCCUGCUCGUUCUCCCGUCGCCCUCUCUUCCCCGGCUCACCCUGUUUCCCCUGCUCCUUCUCUUCCCUCCGUCCCCCUCUGUCUGUCUCCCCUGCUCAUUCUCUUCCCCCUCUCCCCCCCAAUCCCCCACCCACUCUUCCUCAAGUUUCGCUGGUGCACUCGCGCCAUCGGUGAGUGUGGGGCAGCAGCAUCACUGGCGCCUCUGCCGCGCUGCUCCUCGCCUUCCCCGCCUGCUCUCCGCCAACCUCGCCUGGACUGCCCUCUCCCACCACCCGUCCACCCCUCCCUCACCACCCUGCACCUCUCCCACUGCCCCCCCCUUACCAUUGGCUUCCCUCUCCCCUCCUCCUCCUCCUCUCACUCCUCCUCUUCCUCCUCCCCCCUCGCUCGUAUCGUUCUCUCUGGUGCCUCAAUUGCUCCUCCCUCCUCCCUCUUCCCUCCUCACCUCCUCGCGUCCUCACUCACCACGACCUCUGCCUCUCGCGCGGCGCCACGCUUCCUCCUCCUCCGCACCGCACCAGCCUCUACCGCACUCCACUCCUCCUCCACGCCCUCACACCCCGCCCUGCGGCGGUCCAUUCCCCCACUCCCCCCGUCCUUUCCCCCACUCUCCCUCGCCCUUUUCCUUACGAUCAUCCUCCCUUUCCCCGACGCCAACCCUCCCUUUCCCUGA